AUGUCUACAUAUGUCAGACAUCCCCAAAUUAGAGCCGCCCAUAGGGUGAUCUCUUUACAACGGAGAGCCGGUGUUACACGGUGUCGCUACAUUCACCAAACCACCGCAAAUAUAGACCCUCCCAUUAAGAAUGAAGCGCAUAUCGAAGACAACGAGCGGGCAAUCCGGCUCGCAGUCAAGGAUAAUAUUUCUGCCCUAGGUUUCUCAACAACAUGUGCUUCCAACAUCCUUACCGGUAACAAGAUCCCCUUCGAUGCCACUAUAGUGAGGCAAUUAAGGCAGAGGGGCUCGAUUGUGACGGCCAAAACCGGUAUGGAUGAGUUUGGUAUGGGCACGCACUCCACAACGUCCGCAUUUGAGGAUAUUCGCAAUGUGUGCGGCCUAGAAAUGUACUCAGCUGGAGGUAGCUCUGGGGGAAGUGCUGUCGCUGUGAGGAGGGGAGAAGCCGAAUUAGCUCUGGGUACCGACACGGGAGGAUCUGUCCGCAUGCCCGCUGCGUAUACCGGCACCGUCGGCUUCAAACCCUCGUACGGCAUGCUAUCCCGCUGGGGUGUCGUGCCCUACGCAAACUCCUUGGAUACCGUUGGACUACUCGCCAGAACGGUGGGACCCAUAGGCACGGCCAUCGUAGGACAGAAGCUCUACCUAGAACAUGAUGUCAAUGACCCAACGUCUCUACCUCCUUCCGUACGCCAAAGAUGUACUGCGGAACGAAAAGGGUACGAUUCAUGGAAUCCAACCAAAGAGGGUACGAUACAGGGCUUGACCUUUGGCAUACCAAUAGAGUAUAACAUCGAAGAGCUAGACCCCCGCAUACGACAAGGCUGGUUGACCGUCGCUCAGAAGAUUGAAGAGUUAGGGGGGCGUGUCGUUCCGGUAUCGUUACCUUCUACGAAAAACGCCCUUUCUGCAUAUUACGUGAUAGCACCGGCCGAGGCAUCGUCUAAUCUUGCCAAGUACGACGGCAUUCGCUAUGGCAAACGAAAUCGCGAACAAGCUAGCGAUUCCUUCAAGGGCAUAUUGUAUGCGAAAACAAGAGGAACUAGCUUUGGAAGCGAAGUACAGCGUCGCAUUCUGCUUGGGUCGUACACGCUCAGCUCGGAGGCUAUGGACAACUAUUUUAUACAAGCCCAGAAAGUCCGCCGGCUCGUGAGGAGAGACUUCGAUCGAGUCUUCAAACUGUCCAAUCCGCUCGAGGACCAGCAACCUUUUGAUCUCAGCGACAUGGAAGAUACAGUACAUCUAGAAAACAAGUUUGGCCCUGCACAAGUCGAUUUCCUUCUGUGUCCCACCGCGCCGACCACUCCACCCUUGCUCGAGAACGUCAUGAGACAGAAGCCCCUGGAUUCCUAUAUGAACGAUGUCUUCACGGUACCCGCCAGCCUCGCGGGAUUGCCCGCCAUCAGUGUCCCCAUGGAUAUCCCUGUUGAUCCAUCCCAGGAGGAGCAAAAACUGCUUAGCUUUGGAGGCAUGCAGCUCAUCGGGCAGUACUGGGACGAUGCGCGGCUGCUCUCCGUAGCCGACGUCCUAGCACCCCGUAUCUUGCAACAAACCCUGUUUUGA